AUUUCCUCGAAUCUCCAUUUUUAAAACAUUUAGACGAAGUAUAUGGUGGUGCCUUGACACUGGUCUAUGACGCAGAGAAUGGCGAUGGUGAGCUCUUAUGGAGCCACACAACGCAGUCGUUUUGCAUCGGCCACAUGAGUACAAAACAGAAAUCACCACGUUUUGUAUUUUCAACGUUGCCUGAAAGCAAAAAGCAAGGAAAAUCUAUCAUGGUACAAGGUCAACAUUUCAAAGUGCCAAUAUGAUGUAUUUGUGUGAAUUGAAUUUAUUUAAUGAAACAUUCUUGCCGUUAUUUGUCGCACUCUGUAUCGAAUGGAAUUCCAUCGUAUCAAAAAUGUAUUGUGUGCUGCAAGAACUGUUGCCAUUUGUAUAUGUGCCGAGCCAUAGUCAGAAAACCGACCACUGUUCAGCCCAGUGCCGUAGCGUGAACAAAAUUUUUGGGAUGGCUGAGCCAUAAAACUUCAAUAUAGGGUAUUUUGUUGCAUUUUCUCGAAUUCUACAGGUGGUAAUCCAUUUUCAUAGGGGGUUGCCUGAAAAAAUGGACCAUUUAAAUUUUUAGCUCCAUUAAAUAAUGUUUACAUGUGGCGCAUCGUCCUCAAAGUUUAGAACUUGGUGCAAGAGAAUUCCAUCAGAUUAUGUGGCCGAAAAACCCACUUCUGAUAUUAUAACAAUCACCAUGAAACUUUCGGAAUCCAUUUUUUCAGUGGAAAUUGAAUAAUUAUAUGAAAGUUUCAAGUAGAUCGUAGCUUAAAUAGUGGUAGCUUCCAUACAAAUAUUUCCAAAUCAACAUGAAAUUGGGCAAAAAUUGUAAUAUUUGUUGAGACGUGGGAGCUACACUUGAGAUGUUUCCAAGCCCUUCACCUUAUCCCCAUUGAGUGCGACUAAAAACUGAAACAAAAUCACGAUUUCUUACUAAUUCUAAAAUAACUGUAAUUUCUUAAACAAGUGUGCUACAUAUUAUCAUCAAUAUCGUAAUAUUGAAUGUUUAUGCGAGUGCCAAUUAUACAAUAUAUAUAAUGUCUUUCGAGGAAAAAAGUCUUGGCGCUCAUUUGCGGUGGCGCAAAGAUUUUUUGGGGUGGCUGAGCCUCGAGAGCCUCUAUGCACGCUACGGCACUGGUUCAGCCCGUCAAAUAAUUAAUGAGGGACAAAAGGGAAGCUUCAUAAUGUAUUUAAGCAAUGUGUUUUGUUGGCAUUGUGUGUUUCAUUUUGAGAUUUGACGCACCAACGUCACACUGUCUUUUCGACUGGAAAAACGGCUGCUGGCAUCAUAAUGAACUAAAUGCUACUGUAAACAUAAAGUAGCUAACAGAAAGAAAGAAUUUUGUCGUUCGCAGCAAAAUCAAGGAAUCAUUUUGACUUUGACGCUUCUUGUAAAUUCACUCACAGUUGUUUGGUUGGUUUGUAGGAGAAGUUGCACCAUGUGCUUUUCUUGCGGCACCUUCAAUAUCCUUUUUUUGGCUGACUCGAUGCUUUUCCGGAGCAUGCGCAUCUCAGUCGGAUGCACGAACGAAGAGAAAGAGAGAAAAAACGUACACGUUUCACAGAUGUGUCGCUGGGCUUUGUGCCCCAAAUCAUGCUGUGUGCUUUUACUCCAAUUUCAGUGAAAGCCUCUUUGGACCAACUAGCCUACUUGUUGUGUGUCGAAGAACAGCAUCGGAGGGAUGAAAAGAUGGAAGCAAACGGGAAAAAAAUUGAUAUAGCAUAUACACAUACGAUGUGAAUGCAUACAUAUGGAUUCUAUUGAUACAUUUGCUGCUGUUGCUUCUGCUGUCAUUGUGUGCCUCAUCUAUAUAUAUAUACACAUUGAAAUGGCGGAAGAUUCGUUUCAGCUGUACUUUGUGUGCUAUUCUCUGUUCUGUUGACAGCAAGUGCCAAGACAAAAUGACAUUUACUCGUGCUUUGUUUAUAUCUGAGACAAGAGACAGAAAAAAUACACAUUUUUGUAGUCAAAGUGUCCUUCUUUUCACGCGAUUUAUCUCAAGAGAUUCAAAAUAAUUGCGAAUUCUUCUUCGUUUAUUUUUUUUCGCUCGUCAUUUUCGUUUGUGUUCUCUGUCGCAAGUUUAGUGAUUAAGAAACCGCAUUAGCUGUAUACAUUUAUCGUAUUAGCCUAAAGUCGUGUGUAUAAUGUAUAUAUAUAGAAACGAAAAGAAAAAUACAUUGUGGGUCGCUGCCGCACCGAAGAAUUACAUUGUGAAAAGCGCCUAAAGUUAGGCAAACAAACAACCCAACAAAUCGAUAUAGAAUAGCGUAUGCAUAUUCAACGUGUAUAUAGAUUGAUGAUAAAUACAUGUGCUUGCUGGCUGACUGACUGGCUGGCUGGCUUAGUUGUUCGUCAAUGUGCUUUUUGGGCCCGCUUUCAAAUGAAAUAAUAACAAUAAAAUUGUGUAAGCGAGAUGAUAGUGAACAAAGCGGGUGGGCUCAUGCUUUUGCAUUAGCUCCAACUCGGAAAGCAUAGGCUACUUUCGGUUUAAUCUUCGCAUCGAUUUGUUCUUAAUCAUUAUGAAAAUUUCAGCAAUGUCUUAAUUGAAGCAUUUACAAAGAAAAUACAAUUUUGCCGUAUGCGAUUCGGUGUUUUUGAAUCGUUUUCAGUUCCUUGUUUUAUCAGCCGUGUGGUCGUUGCGUUGUGAGAAUCAGUUCCUCGUUUUUUGAACCCAAGCACAUUGUUACGGAAGUCUUCCUUGUUGUUCUUUUUUCAUCUUCCCUCGAUUGUGCCGUUCCAAAACAAAAGAAGCGGAUCAAUUUAGAUAAGUAAGUUUUAAAGGAAACGAUGAAACGAUUUGCCAUCUACAAUGAAAAUUGGCUGAGCGUCUUAAAGCAGCUAGACAGUGAAGAAUUUAUUGGGCUGAUUUAUAUAACCAGAUACUCCAGUAGCAGCAGCAGCAGCAGCAGCAUUUUGCUCACACACACACAUACACAAAACAAUCGAUGUUACGCUUAUAGGAAACCAAACCGCACGCGUUUUGGAUUCACACCAAAAGGAAAAACCAGAUGCCAAAGAUUACCAAUGAUGAUGAUCUAAACAUCAUGAGACAAUAAUAAUUAAUAUACAAAACCACAGAACAUUUAUUAUCGAUUUACAACCGUCAAUAGUGUGCUACAGCUUGAUGCCAUUUGUUGCUGUAAGCCAGCAGACAAAAAAAAAACAACAACAACAACACAGAUCAUUACUGGUGGAUGAAAAGAAACCACCCUAUUUUUAAAAACCCAUUACGAUUCUUCCAUUCAUUGCCAAAGUAUUGACGGUAAAGCUGGAAAUAAAUCAAGUUUUGUGAAAGCGCUUCAAAAAGGCGUACAAGCCGAUAUCACUUCCAAAGUAGUGCGGAUCAAUCCAUCAAACUAGAAGUAAUAGCAGAGAAAAAGACAGAGGGAGAAAAAAUUCGCAAAACAUAAAACUGCGAUUACGAUAAGCCAUUGAAAUGGAUCUGACACAUUCCACUGACUUGACAACAGUUACAUCGGAAAGCUAUAUACCAGGCAGCAAGUCAACGGAUUUCAUCAAGCCAAAAGAUUCCAGUAACAAUUUAGAAGCACAAAAUCAAGGCGAAUUUCAGGUGUACACAAGACGAUGGAUAGUUUUAGCAAUCUUUACACUGUACUCGGCAUCAAACGCACUCCAGUGGAUCCAAUAUUCCAUCAUUGCAAAUGUUGUCGAAAGGUACUACAAUGUGUCGGACAAUUGGAUCAAUUGGACGUCAAUGAUAUUCAUGAUAAUCUACAUUCCGUUAAUUUUCCCCGCCAGCUGGUUUUUGGAUAAAAUGGGUUUACGAGUAACAGCAUUGUGUGGUGCGUUUGGUACUUGCAUUGGCGCAUGGAUUAAGGUAUUUUCCGUCGGUCCAGAUCUAUUCUACGUUGGUUUUAUCGGUCAAACUGUUGUAGCAGCAUCACAGGUAUUUAUUCUAUCGCUACCUGCACGGGUCGCUGCGGUAUGGUUCGGACCAGAUCAAGUAUCAUCUGCCUGCAGUAUUGGCGUAUUUGGCAAUCAAUUGGGUGUUGCGAUGGGAUUUUUGCUGCCACCGUUAUUAGUACAAAACCACGAUGAUCUUGAAUUGGUUGGACGGGAUUUCCAGUUAAUGUUCUAUUUGAUAGCCGGUUUUACCACAUUGCUUGUUACAUUGGUUGUACUGUUUUUCCAAGCUCAACCGCCAACACCGCCGUCAGCAGCACAAGAGGCAACACAGUCACCCAUCGAAUCGUCACCAUUCUUACAUUCCAUUAAACGUUUAUUCCUCAAUGUCAACUAUAUUCUCUUGCUCAUUUCAUAUGGCAUGAAUGUGGGUGUCUUUUAUGCCAUCUCAACACUUCUCAAUCGGAUUGUACUUUUAUAUUACCCUGGCCAUGAAAUGGAUGCUGGCCGAAUUGGAUUGUGCAUUGUGUUGGCUGGUAUGUUGGGCUCAGUAUGUUGUGGCAUUGUUUUGGAUAAAACCCAUCGAUUCAAAGAGACCACAUUAUCAGUGUACACAUUUUCGAUGAUCGGUAUGUGGAUUUACACGUUUACUCUUAACGCCGGCCACAUUUCCAUCGUGUAUGUGACGUCGUCAUUGCUUGGCUUCUUUAUGACGGGAUAUUUACCAGUUGGGUUUGAAUUUGCUGCCGAAUUAACGUAUCCAGAGCCGGAAGGAACAUCGGCCGGAUUAUUAAAUGCUGCCGCACAAAUAUUUGGCAUUUUAUUCACAUCGCUCUAUGCUGAAUUAUUUGAUCGUCUCGGCGAUAGUGCGGCCAACAUUACGAUGGCGAUCAUGUUGUGCGUUGGCACAAUCGUAACUGCUGUGAUUAAGUCGGACUUGCGACGACAGGCUGCAUCGCAAGCAAUAAAAAAUUGAAGCAACCAUUUAUUGUAGGAACAUUUUGAAAGGAAGAAAAAUCUGCAUUCCAUCUGGAUGAAUUGUCUUACCUAAAAACACACACACACACACAUCGUAGCGUAUAAUCGUUGUGACCAAAUUCGGUGCAUUUUAAAAUUGGAAUCAAUCGUUUAGGAAACUAAUUUAGUGUAGAUCAUUUUAUCAAAGAAAACAGUGAAAAAUUAGUUAAUUUACAAGCGACUCUAUUCUUUAAAAUAUUGUGUUUUUUUACGAAUUUGCCAUAUCAGCCAAAUGUUAGGAUUUUAUUUGUUUCUUUUUUUUUUAUUUGGCAAACCAAAGCAAUAAGAAUAAAUUGUUUUACUGAAAGAAAAACGAAGUAAGACACCAGCGGGACAGGAGACUUUUACCAUUUGAAAAAUGCCCUUCACCAGACCCAACAAUCUAUUUACACAAAUCGGACGAUUUCUGUGAAUUUUUUGUUGUUUUUUUCUUCCUUUUUUAAAGUACACUUUAUCGCAAUAUGCCGAGUAAACUUCCUAUUGCUCCAUGUGUAUCGACAAAAUUGCUCAAGACUUGAGCCUCAAGUAGUAAAACCGAUCAUGUAUAGAAAUGAUUUAUUUUAGGUACUUCAAUGUUUUUGAUCUUGCAAAAUGACCUGUGAAAACAAAAUGGAAUGAUUGAAAUGCUUCUUAGAGAGAAAAAAAGCGAAAAAAUUUCCGAAUUUCCUUCAUACCAAAUAUUCAUUAAACAAAACCGAAACGAUAGUGCCAAUAGAAAACAAAAAUGAAAUAAUUAUAUAUAUUUGUGUAUGAAAGAGAAAAAUUUAUUGAAACAAAACAGUAUAGGAUAUUCAAUGUAUGUAAAGUAAAUAUAUAUAUAUGUAUACACAGCCCAAAGAGAAAUAUUUAUUUAGAUUAAGACAAAAACGCCAAAUGAAAAAAAAAACACACAUACACAUAGCAAAAGAAAAAAAACCGACAACAACAUGAGCAAUUAUUAUUAAAAUGUUGAGAAUACUAUAUUUUUAGAAUGAAUGAAAGAUGAGCCCACGGCUUGAAUGCAACCGAAUUUUAUGAAACGUGCAAGUAAAAUGUAAACUAAAAACAGCGUUCCUUAACACAAAGCAAAAAUUUUAACCUCAAAUACAUAUACUCGCGAAGCAGUCCCAAUUGAAUUUUAGAGCGUAACAAAGAAGUAGAAAAAAAACGCCAGAAAAACGAAACCUAUAUACAUCCUCUGGCUUAAAAUUGCUCAAAUCUUAUUGCAAAAACAAUAAAAUGAAGAAAAAAAAACGGUACUUCAACCGAUUAACUCCAGGAAAACGAAAAAAUCAACCCAAAAUCCAAAUGUCUAUAUCCAAAUCCGAUAAUAAUUGUUCAAUUCAAUGUGAACGAUAUUUUAAAGUGAAUUUUUUUCGAUCGAAAUUUGUCUCCUUUGAUUCAUAGUAAUUUAUUUGAUGCGCUUUUGUAUCGUAAAUGGCUUUUGAUGUGCACAGCGAAAACCAAACAAGGAAAUAAGCAACAGCCAAAUACAUUGGAUCGACAAUAAAAGGCGAAAACACCACCGCAAAAUACCCAAACGAAUAUUGAAACAGCAGCUACGCAACUAAGUUUUCAGCUAAAACUGAAUGUUUAACAAGUGAACCGGAAGAAAACCUGUUUGAAUCCAAAAAAAAAAAAAUAGAAAAA